AUGUCAUCUGCAGCCAUGUCGAAAAAGAACAAAGGGAAGAAAGUGGCCGAUCCCAAUGAGACUUCCAAACUCCUUGCCGCAAAGAUCUCGCAGCUGGAGCAGGAUGCUGCUGGUGAGAAGGACCAAGAAGCGGAAAUUGAGCGUGAAGUUAAGAAAGCUACACGAGACCUGAACCAGCUCCUCAGCAAUAUCGAAUCUCCAAUGACCCGUCUUGAAACCGUACAUAAGAAGUAUACUGAACUGUUGGCCGACAUGAAAAAGCUAGAUCGCGACUAUUCCAAAAGCAAGAAGCGGGCCGAUCAACUACAAAAGGACCAAGACAAGGGGAAGUCGGAACUGAAUAAGACUGUGACUAUGAAGGAUAAACUGGAGAAGCUGUGCAGGGAGCUCACGAAAGAAAAUAAGAAGGUCAAGGACGAGAACAAGAAGUUGGAGGAUACCGAAAAGAAAGCGCGACUGAUCGUGAAUGAACGUCUUGAUUCUCUUCUGUAUGAUAUUCAAGACGUUAUGGCUGCCAAGGGUAAUCCUCGAAGUGAAAAAGUUGAUAUUGACCUGGACGAAGCGCUACGUGCCAAGAUUAAGACCAUUGGCGAGAAAUUUGAAACGCGAGAAGUGCAUUACAAGUCACUCUUGCGCAGCAAGGACGCGGAGAUACAGAGCCUCACUGCUAAGUAUGAAGAGCAACGCCGUGCUGCCGAGAACGAGGCCGCUCGCUGCCGCGCUUUAAGUUCACAAGUUUCUACAUUUUCACAUACCGAGGCCGAGUUACGCAGCCAGCUCAACAUCUACGUGGAGAAGUUCAAGCAGGUGGAGGAUACGUUGAACAACAGCAACGAAUUGUUUUUGACUUUUCGCAAAGAAAUGGAAGAAAUGUCAAAAAAGACCAAACGCUUGGAAAAAGAAAAUCUCACCCUCACCCGUAAACACGACCAGACGAACCGCAAUAUACUUGAAAUGGCCGAAGAACGUACCAGAAACCACGAAGAACUUGAGAAAUGGCGGAAGAAGAGCCAUCACCUCGAAGCACUUUGCCGUCGAAUGCAAGCUCAAGGUCGUGGACAAGGUCUUGCGGCCGAUCUAGAUGGCGAUGAUGAGGGGACUGAGAGCGAAUACGACGAAGACUACGAGGAUGAGGAGGAUGAUGACGAAGAAGGCAUCAGUGAUGAAGAGUACGAAGACAGCACGGACCGGGACAUGAACGGAGACCGCAACAUACCACCACAGCAGCCCGAGAAGCCUGUGUUUGGACCGCCGCCACCACCGAACCUCUUGGAGGCCCGAGCGAACGGGAACAAAGCUGUGCUCAAUGGAUGUCACUAA